AGAUGUAAAUAAAGCGAAAGACUGCAGAAAGAGAUUUUCGCAGCUCCUGCCUUUUAAACAGGAAAUGUUGUGCUUUAUCUCGAUUCCACGGCAGAGAUAGGCGUGAAAGUCGGCGAAGAUGGCUCACUGGUUUCACCGAAACCUUUUCAAGGCGACCGUGCCCGAGAAUUUCGACCUGAAGAUGGUCGCCCUGGACACGGAGGCGCUCAAGAUCUGCGGCGACCUGAAGCAGUGCCGAAAGCGGCUUCUCGAGCUGAUCCCGGACGCGAACCACUCGUGCGAGACGAUCGACACCGUCUUCAACAGCUACCUGAGCAUCGUGCAGGGCUUCCUGAAGUCGUUCGACGGCGACAACCGAGCCAGCAAGAUGCGUCACAGCCUCGUCUUCAAGUGGACACACACCCUGCUCGGAAAUAAGCCUUAUGCCGAACAGGACUUUCUGUACGAGGUGGCCAAUAUGACCAUGAACGUCGGCAUUUGGUUCAUGAAACACGCCUCCACCAUCGCUGGAAAAGACGAUAUUACCAUGGACGAAGCGAAGGAGGUGCACACGAGCCUUCGAAAAGCAGCUGGUGCCUUUCAGUUGGCAACCCAAAACAUGAUUCCUGAGCUCGUGAGUCACCCUGAGCCAGGAAUGGACCUGGACCCUCGCGUCGCUGGCGCAUACCUUGCCCAGUGCACUGCCGAGGCACAGGAAGUGACAGUGGCGCGAGCAAUCGAGCUGAAACACAACGCGUCGCUGAUCGCCGCGCUGGCCAACGAGACGGCAAAGUUGUUCCUGGACGCGGAAAACCUGCUGAACACCCUGAACGUGAAAAUCGUGGGUCAAUGGAAGACCUACAUGCAGCUCAAGGCAGCUUUCUACACAGCUUGCGCGUACAUGUACUGCGGCGAGAACUGCUUGAUUUUGGAGAAGGGCGGCGACGCGAUCAGGGCGUGCCAGGAGAGCCAAAAAUAUUACGAUAAAGCGAUGGCCUUGUGCAAGGAGUACGCAAAAAUGAAAGGGCCCGCCAAGUUGGCCAAACCGGAGCAGCACCUGUUUUUCAGGAAGCUGCAGCCCGUCAUCCAGAGGACUCUGGAGAAAUGCGAACGCGAAAAUGGAUUUAUUUAUCACCAAAAAGUGCCGUACGACCCGCCUCUGCUCGAGCUGAAGGCCACCUACGGGCUGGUGAAACCUGAAGCGGUGGCCAUGCCCGAACCUAGUCCCCUGUGGAACCCAGCGUCUUACGCUGCCUUUGACACGGCCAUGGCGGCAGCCAGAGACCCCAAAUCGAAAGGGAAGUCGGAAGGUGAGCUGCCUGAAGUGAAAGAGGCGAAGGUGCACCAGUCUGGCUCGGACCCGAAGAACGAAAGCGGCUGCGUGCUGCAGUAGUCACCGA